GAAGAGAACAAUUCGAGGUGGCCGGUACACACAGCUGACUAAUUAGAACUCCAAUACAUACGCCCCUGACACAUAUAGACGGAACUUCUUGAUUACGAACGUCGACCAGAACUUGUCACAACAAAUAUUCCGAUAUGUUCUCUGGAUUCAAACGGUCACUGCCUCAAAUCUCUAUCUUUCACCACCCGUCAUCGCCACCAUCAAUUCAGGCCCUCGCGCUACUGCGGAACGCCCUCUCCUCACCUUAUCCCCCUGGAAAGAAAUCGGCAUCCCCGCUUGAGUUUGAUCUAGAAGUCGUUGAAACGAAACCGCCGACCGCCGAUCAACUGAAGACCAUUCUGACGUAUAUCACUCCGCCGAGAUCUACUGCACCCCCUGCGUUGUCUACCUUUUUGUCUGCCUCAUCCGGCAUCGUCUGGCCUAGGAGAACAGCCACAAACUGUGAAAGGUAUCGUGAGUCUUGCGGAGCAAAAACCCGAAUGUGUUCAAAUGGCCCGUUGUCGUUGACUAGGAUUGGUGGACGUGCCAGUAUAGGGGACGUUGAAGGCGUGAAAGGAAUCUUGGAAGCUAUCAGGCAGCAGAGAGAUGGGGAGGCGAAACAGGAUGAAGUUGAUCAGCCCAAAGGCUGGUUCUCAUAAACGUUCGGACAGGAAACUGACAAAUCUAGGUGUAUACACCGCCUUAAGUUGCAAUGAGUGCAACACGGAUUCUGCAGCUGCGUGAUGGAAUGGUAUUCGGU